AAGCCCUCUCACCAACAGCUUCUACCCCGAGCCAUCAUUGAACUGAACUCCACAAAACGAUGUCUCGCCCUCCACUAAUGUCAUCAGAAAACUACACACCAUAGGACUAAAUCUGUAACGCCUCGCAGAGCAAUAUCCAAGCAGCCCUGAGACGUACGCGCACUCGGGAACGCGCCUCGGAGCAGGUGGUGCUCUCCUCCUCUUAAGGAGCAGCAGACGGUCCGGAUGCUCGACACAUCCCGGGCUGCAGGAGCGCAGAGCGGACUACAGAGAGCUGCUGCUGCCGUGAGGAGGUCCUGCCCGCCGUCAGCCUGCAGCCAUUGGACUGAGCUGCUAUUAAAAGCAUAACGAACAACAAAGAAAAGCAACAACGACAGACCAACUUUGUAGCCUGAUUCUGGACUCUUUGUCUGCUGGAUCCUUAUGGCCAUGCUGGUUACUACGAGAGAUAAAACAACAGGAGCAGAUGGCUCCUGGACGUUUGGUGUCACAGCAGGUGGCGCUGUGCUGUAUAGACCAUGUUUCUCUCCCGGAGUCUCCUCCUAGCGUUCUUGUUCUCCGCCUUCACUUUGUCGCACAGUGCUGAGCCCGGAGCUCCUCAUGGUAAGAGGAGACAGAGCUCAUCUGGCGGCAGCAACGCCCUCCAGCACCCUCUGCAGGGGCCACAGGGCCACCGCUACAGCAGGGAACGUGGAGGUCACAGGGGCCAGGGGGCCCGCACGGGCAAAGGUGGAGCCGGGCUGCUGUCCCACAGACCGCUGCACCCCCUUGCCCGGCCCGAGGAUGAUGGAACAGGCCUGGAAAGUUUGGGCCCAGUUAGGCUGGAGAUGGGCCCGGGAAGGGACAGAGUCAGGAUGAGUGGGAAGAGUCAGUCGCAGGGCCGGGACAACCAGCUGCUGGGGACACGCAAAGGAAGGGGGCAUGGACAUGGGAAUGGCCAUGGACACCAUUUUGAGCACAGGAGACAAGGGGGUCGUCGGGACAAAGAGCGGCACGGAAAAGGGUUUCUCCCGGAGCCGGAGCUGAGCUCUGCGUUUAAGGACAGGGAUCUGUUCGAGGACCCUCCCUCCUUCUCCUCUGUUGCCUCCCCCCCCCUCAGCAUGACCCCGCCCGAUGAAACCCCCUCCCCCAUCGCCGCCGUCUUUGGCUCCGGCUCCUCCAUGGUUACCACGGUGAUGAACGAGCAUCCCCCAACGCUGCCCCCGGCCUCCACCAAACCCCAGAGGUCUGGAAAGGGUAAAGGAGAGGGAGAGGUGAUGCCAACACUGGACAUGGCGCUCUUUGAUUGGACAGACUAUGAGGACAUGAAGCCUGUGGACGCCUGGCCGUCCUCCAGGAAGAAAGACAAGAGGCGGAGUAAGAACCUCAGCAGUGGGAAUGUGACUGUAGACGCUGACGCCAUUGAGCCGUGUGAUCAUCACCUGGACUGUCUGCCAGGUUCGUGUUGUGACUUGAGACAACAUGAGUGCAAACCUCACAACAGAGGACUGAACAACAAAUGCUACGACGACUGCAUGUGUGAGGAUGGGUUUCGCUGUUAUGCUAAAUUCCACCGGAAGCGGCGUGUGACUCGAAGAAGGGGUCGCUGCGUGGUGCCAGAGUCUGUCAGCAGCGACCAGGGCGGCUUCAUCACCAUCUGAGGAGGAAGAGGUGGAGGACAAGAUGGAGGAAAUUGAGGGAGGAGGAGCCGGAAACAUGUUCCCAUAAGCACUCUUAUGCAGGAGCUAAGACAAGACAAGUGCUGAAAGGUGAUGGGGUCGCUGGUUUUGAAAAAUUAUCACACAAUAAAAAACAACAUUUGGUCAUUUUAUACAUAAAACAUGAACUGGAAAUAUUGUUGCAUUGUGGUUGAGCUACCUUUAAGCAUUUCAAAAAUAAUCCUUGUUUCAGUUUUUUCUUCAUUGUUGGUUAUUCUUAAGGCUGUGCAAUAUAAAUAUCGAUAUUGUCCUAGAUUUACAAAAAAUAUUCAUAUUGCACAGCCGUUUACUAAACAACUACUACUUUAUUUUUAAAGAUUUGUUUUCAAGAUUACAUUUUUUGUUUUAAUCUGGAAGAAAGAUUAACUCGACUCACUGAGUGAAAUCUGUAAACACCUCUAUUGUCGGGAAUUUUGAGGGAAUAAUACUUUAUGAGUUCUUCUCCUGCGGCUGCUCGUCUAUCCUUCUGAUCUGAGUCAAACAAUGUUUACAAGAUAUUUUUUAUUAUUACAUUUUUGUGCUGGGAAUCCUAAACAGAUGGCUUUUAUUGGUUCAGGAUAAUUUAAAUUCAGUCAAGUAAGCAGUCACUGAAACAAAUGAUGCUUGAAUUACAUUUUGAGUUGCUGUGUGAACUCUCUGUUACAUUUUUCUUCCCGUCACACAUGCAGAAAAUGAUUCAUAAAUGCUAUUUGAACCCAGCCUGCUGUCCUGUUUUGUAAAUAAGAAAGUGUUUGAACUACUUUUUUGUUAACUUGAUACCACUUCUCUUUAAAUAUACUUAACGGUAGAACAAUCAACAAAGAUGCUUGUUUGACCUUUUACAUGUCUUAAUAUAUGUUUUAUUUAUACUGUACUGAAACACAUGUUUGUCCAGAUAUUGUGUUUGUCUGUCUUUUUUGUUUUCCUGAUUAAACAAUUACUAGGAUAAA